UAACAUCAUAACGAAAAUACGUCUAAUUGGCGAGUAUUCUUAUCGGAUGUGGAUGUUUUAUUGGGAAUAUUGGUGGUUUAUUUAAUAUUACAGUUGUAAGCGUCGGAUACUUUAGUUUUCGAUAUAUUUACUUUUCAAUCUGAUACUGAAACUUGUCACGUAAGUUGCGUGGUUAUAUUAAUAACCGUGUUUUCGACUAAUUGCAUGAAUAAAUUACACAUCGUCACAUGUCGUCAAAGUGGCUAAUUUUCCAUCCCUUCGCCAAUGAUCCGUUAAUAAGGCGGUAAAAUAUAAUUGAUUUAUCCGAACUAUUUUACAGCGGCACAUCGCCCAUUUCGUACCAUAAAACUCGCGGAGAACUUCACAAAUUGAUGGUAAUGAUCAUAGCUAAGACAUAUUAGUUUUACUCGUGUAAUAUUUUAACUCGUUUAAAACAGAUACACAGUCGGGUUUUAUUAAUAUUGUGAAUUAUUGAACACGUUUCAAAAUAAGUUAUGUUUCGUUAGCAGCAUGAGUUAGUAAUAAGAAGUCAGCUGCUUUAUAAAGUGCUUAACUUUGCCUUUUUUGGAAACUUCGCAUCAGUAGACGGAGAAAGUAUAAGUAAACAAAAGUAAGCGGAAUUCAGAGUUGUUUCAUUUCUGAUGUGUAACACCAUGUUAAAAUCAACCGACUAGAGAUUAUCAUAUGAAAUUCCGUCGAAUUUGUCCAGCGAAACGACAAAAGUAUAUUUACCUCAACUAGGCUGUGAACUUCCAGAAGUUCACGAUGGAAACUGAUGGCGAUAAAUCAAAGAAUUCAAAUAUUAUAAGAGUGAAAUUGUUGAAACAAAAGAAAUAUGGUCUUGGGUUUCUUGUCCGCAAAAGGUCAAAGACGCCACAUGUCGUAGUGUCAGAACUCGUGUCAAACGGUACAGCGGCUGAAAGUGGUCUGGUUCAAAUUGGUGACGUCAUCCUUAAAGUCAAUGACGUUAGUUUGAAUGAUCUUAGUUAUGAAAGAUCGGUGGAAAUGUUAAAAGCACUUCCGAUCGGGGUUGCAGUUUGUCUGAUAUUAAAAGGGCCGGAAGGGUACAGUUCACAUUUAGAAACACGCUUUAACCAGGAUGGUACUCCGAAAACUGUGCGAAUUACAAAACCUAUUUUACACUCCGAGGGAUUCAUCGGACGAAUCAGAAAAUCUCUUUCCGCAAGCGCCACCGGUCGUUCUUGCAGAACAAAACAAACCCAGGCGAAUUGUGAAUGUCAUAAAACUGUCACAUGGCACGGUGAUGAUACAAGAAUCUCCCAGCAGAAUGGAGAAGCGCAUAAAGAAAAUCAGUGCCUCGAUAAAUCUCAUUUGUCAGAUGGGUCAAAUGAGCACACAACAGAGCGCACUACAACUAAUGAACCAAGCAAUUCAAAAACAAACUUAAUUCUUACAACAAAUUAUUCUGAAUCUAACGAGGCUGCUAAUAGUAAAGGUACGGUCUCGCAUAAUAACGAAAGCGGAACAAAUAAUAAUUCGCCUAAACUUUUAUCGCAAGAUUUACUAAAGGAGAAAAUUCAUCAGGAUGAUAACAUAGGUAAAACAGUUGCAGUGAAUGUGUCGGGUUGCAGAGUGAAUACUAUGGAUAUAUUAAACAAAGAAGAACGGAAGCAAUAUGGUGACGACCGUGACGCUAAAUAUAGAAAUAAUGUGACAAACAAUAAUAUAUGCGACACUUCAAAGGGAUCGCCAUUAAAUGAUCCAAAUAAGUCGGAGAGAAAAGUUCUGAAAGAGAUCGAGAAUGGCACCGAAAAUGGACAUGGUGUUUCAGUGUCUAAAUUAGCAAACGGGACAUCAAGUGAAAAUGGAUCUGAAACCUUCCAAAAACCACAGGAUGAACCGGCAAAUACAUCAAAGGCACUUCUAGAUGGCAAAGUUGAAAAAUUAGGUACUGCUUCAUCAAAAACUUCUCCUGCAAAGAAAUUUGUGAAGCUCCGGCAUGUAGGAGAAGAGAGACCAGUAUGUACAGAUACAUUGCACCAAAAAGCAAUCGAGCCUCAGCCAUGCACUGCAAAGUUCUGUAUGGGAUCUGUGAUGGACGUUGGUCUAGUAGGCAGCGAGCCAAGACCCAAGCAGGAGGUUCUAAUUCACGCCAAGGACUUUAUCAACCAGUAUUAUCAAUCCAUUAAAAGGCAUAAUUCCCCAGCACAUUUGAACAGAUGGAGUGAGGUAGAAAAGUCUAUCAUUGAUAAGGGAACAUAUGAACUGACCACGCCAGAACUGACCUUCGGUGCCAAAACCGCAUGGAGAAAUGCACCAAGAUGUAUUGGCCGUAUUCAGUGGUCAAAAUUACAGGUGUUUGAUGCAAGACAUAUCACCACCGCAAGAGGGAUGUUUGAAGCAAUAUGUAACCACAUCAAAUACGGAACAAAUAAAGGCAAUAUCAGGUCGGCUAUCACUGUGUUCCCACCACGUACAGAUGGAAAACAUGAUUUCCGGGUUUGGAACCCGCAAUUUAUAAGAUAUGCCGGAUACAAGCAAGAAGAUGGAUCCGUCGUCGGCGAUCCUGCAAACGUAGAACUUACAGAGAUAUGUCAAAAACUUGGCUGGAAAGGUAAAGGUACAAGGUUCGACGUAUUGCCCUUAAUACUACAAGCCAAUGGACAUGAUCCGGAAAUGUUUGAGAUACCCUCGGAUCUAGUUUUAGAAGUAAAUAUAAAACAUCCCAAGUUUCCUUGGUUUGCGGAGAUGGGUUUAAAAUGGUAUGCCCUGCCGGCUGUCUCGAGUAUGGUGUUUGACUGCGGCGGUCUACUCUUCGUAGCCGCGCCUUUCAAUGGAUGGUUCAUGGGGACGGAGAUAGGUGCCAGAGACUUGUGUGAUCCAUUUAGAUACAAUCUAUUAGAGGACAUAGCGAAACGCAUGGGGUUUGAUACCCGGAAGAGUUCGUCGCUCUGGAAGGAUCGCACCCUUGUGGAAAUCAACGUAGCAGUCCUGUACAGUUAUCAGUCCCAGGGAGUAACAAUAACAGACCACCAUGCCGCAUCCGAAUCGUUCAUGAAACAUUUGGACAAUGAACAGAAGUUGAGGGGAGGAUGCCCGGCUGAUUGGGUAUGGGUUGUCCCACCUAUGAGUGGUAGCAUAUUGCCGGUGUUCCAUCAGGAAAUGUUGUCAUAUAAACUAAAACCGUCUUUGGAAUAUCAGGCAGAUGCCUGGAAAACUCAUGUCUGGAAGAAGGACAAAGAGCGAACUCGUUCAACGUCUGAUAGGCCGAGACGCAAGAUAGGUUUUAGGGAGCUUGCAAGGGCGGUCAAGUUUUCUGCAAAAUUAAUGGGCAAAGCCUUGGCAAGAAGAGUAAAAUGUGUUAUCCUUUAUGCCACAGAAACUGGCAAAUCCGAGGGUUUUGCAAAGACACUAUGCCAGCUCUUUAGACAUGCGUUUGAUGCAAAGGUUAUGUGUAUGAAUGACUAUGACGUGAGUGAGCUGGAACACGAAGCUCUGGUACUGAUUGUAACAAGUACAUUCGGUAACGGCGAUCCACCUGAAAACGGAGAGUCGUUUGCGAAGCAUCUUUACGAAGCAAAACACCCUGACGUAAAAGAUAAAUUGAACAAGCAGACAUCUUACUUACGAAUGAGUGGUGUGUCUCAUGACGAAGAUGAUGUCAUGUCGGAUGAUAAAGCUAGUAACAUCUCUGAAUCCUCUGUAUCAGUUGAAGACAAUCUAACAAUGGAAACUGGUCCACUGAGUAAUGUAAGAUACUCUGUGUUCGGCCUAGGUUCUAGCGCCUAUCCAAACUUCUGUGCCUUUGCACAUUACGUAGACAACAUGUUCAAUGAUCUUGGAGCGGAAAAGAUAUACAAAACAUCGGAGGGAGAUGAACUUUGCGGACAAGAAGAAUCUUUUAAAAAUUGGGCAAAAGAUAUAUUCAAGGCCGCCUGUGAAACGUUUUGCACAGGAGAUGAUAGAGCAAUGCAAGAUGCCACAGGAACAUUGACUACCACUGACCACUCCUGGAAACCUGAAACAUUCCGUGUGACACCAGCAAGCGUUGAAAAGAAAGUUGACAUCAUUGCAGCGUUAUCGACAGUGCAUAACAAGAGCGUGAUACCAUGUCGAUUUAUGGAAAGGACACAGUUACAGUCUGCCGAAUCAGAUCGACAAACAAUGCUGAUAAAAAUUGACACGACAUACGGUUCAUCUGAAAUGCUUUACCAACCAGGAGACCACGUUGCAAUAUAUGCACAAAACUCGGAAAAGCUGGUAGAUGCCAUUUUGAUACGGCUACAUAAUGCGCCCCCUCCAGACCAAUUUAUUAAAAUAGAAGUUUUGAAUGAACGAUCAACACCGUUGGGAACAAUGAAGUCAUGGGACCCUUACACAAAGUUUCCAGCAUGUACAUUGAGAACGGCAUUUUCCAGGUUCCUUGAUAUUACAACACCACCAACCCAGACACUGUUGAAGAUAUUUGCCACACAGGCAGGCAAAGACUGCGAUAGAGAAAGUCUAGAGAACCUAGCAAAUGAUUCGCGAAUGUACGAGGAAUGGAAAUACGAGUCAUAUCCAAACAUCGUACAAGUACUAGACCAGUUUCCUUCACUGCGCAUUCCGCCAUCACUCCUUCUAACCCAACUGCCAUUGCUUACCGCAAGAUUCUAUAGCAUUAGUUCAUCAUUGCAACUUUAUCCUGGGGAAAUACACGCUACAAUUGCUGUCGUCAAAUACAGAACACAAGGUAACAAUGGACCACUGCAUGAAGGUGUGUGUUCAAACUGGCUCAAUAGAUUAGAAGAUGGUGAAACAAUACCAUGCAUUGUUCGUCACGCUCCAGCAUUCCAUAUGCCCGAGGAUCCUACUGUACCAAUCAUCCUUGUGGGACCUGGGACAGGGAUAGCCCCGUUCAGAAGUUUCUGGCAACAAAGGAAAAUUGACAUGGAAAUGCUUCGAGAACCACAGCGUGGUACAAGAAAAGGCUGGGGUAAAAUAUACCAAUAUUUUGGGUGUCGGAAUUCUAAACUUGAUGAUAUCUACAAAGAAGAGCUAAAACAGAUGAAAAAUGAAGGCGUCUUAACGGAGGUUCAUACAGCUUUAUCAAGAGAGCCAGAUACACCAAAGACAUACGUCCAGACAAUCCUUAAACAGAAUGCUGCUGUCGUUUUUAAUUGUAUAGUGAAAGAAGGGGGACAUUUUUAUGUGUGUGGUGAUGUAAAAAUGGCAUCUGAUGUUACUGCUACUCUAGAAAAGAUAUUAUCUACACAGGGAGACAUGACAAUGCAAGAUGCGAAGAAUUUCAUAAUGAAAUUAAGGGACAGUAACCGGUUUCACGAGGACAUCUUUGGUGUAACAUUACGAAGUUCAGAGGUCACAGACAGGGCUCGUGAUCAAGCCAAAAAGGCAUGGAAUUACAUAAAUUCUGCAAGCAAAACAAAAUCUCAAAUUGAUAAGGAAACUGUGGCACCAAUACCACCCGGAGAAACCAAAGCACCUAAAGGAAAACCAAAGGCUCCAAGAAAAGCUAUGUACACACAAGAUUCUGUUGCUUGACCCAUUUAAACCGAAGUUAGGUUGUCGUGUGACUUACUACAGUUGAAAAAGAAAGAUCAUGCUAUUAAACAAGCUAAUUCGACGCACCAAUGCAAGUUAUAAUCAGACUGAUAGAAAUAAAUUAUGAUUUUUAUUUGCAGCUUGUGAUGUGUAGCGAUAUACCUAUGUACAAAUGUGUUUUGAAAAUUAAGCAAAUUCUUUUGUUUUUUGUUUCCUAUUUACAAUUUUUGCAUAUUUUUGAAAUACUGUACACAGAUACAAACUGAAUGAUCAAAGAAACAUUUUGUCUACAUUUUGUUGUGAUAUUAUAUUUUCAGUCAAAGUCUUCUAUUGUUUACACAUUAAUGAUAAAUUCUUAUGUGUUUUAUUUGAGAUGAUUUCUUCGCUGAAAAACCAUGGGAGGAAUAGCUAAAAUAUGCUUAAUUUGUGGAACAUACAAGUUUUGCAUUUGAAGUCGUAGUCAGAUGAAAAAAAAAAGAAAUCAAUAUAACUGGUACUAGUAUCUACAUUUCGUUAAACAGUUGCAAUAUGUUAUUUUUGUACAUUGUUUUUGUUGGUAGGUUCAAAUGUGUCGGAGGUAAAAUCGUUCAUCAAAGCUUUGUAAAAUACCUUUUUCAAGUCACGUCCCAAUAAAACGUGUAAAAUAUCUUUUUAAAUCGAAUUUCGAUUAUCUGGAAGUAAAACACUCGAUCCUUUAGAAUUCAAGACACCGAGUUUCAACAUGGUGUACUUUUACUACUGAUGUUUAGCCUGGUCCUCUGUGACAUUUGUCAUUUACUACUUUUUAGAGAUUGUGUGAGGUGUUUGUCAAAUAUGCCUCAUGUGGUUCUGGGACGAUCUACAAUAGGCGAUUAAUAGGGUGUUAACACUUGGUUUUGCUGUAACACUGUGAUUCCAGCAGGUAUGCAAAUUUUGAUUUCAUACCUCAUGUUUUUAUUUCGAUGUAAAUGAGAUGUGAAACCAAACUUUGUAGUCCUGAUUGGCGCCAUAUAACCUAUACUGUGUUGGUGCGCCGUAAAACCCAAAUAAAUAAAUAAAUAAAUAAAUAAAUGAAUUGUCAAAUAUAAUGUAAAAUUACUGCCCCAGCAGAACUGCUGUACACGGCAGACCGCAGUAGUGGUUUCUAUGUCAGCAAUAAUGUUAGUUUAUAUUUAUAAUGUAUUGUAACGAGACGGAUUUUAUUUAUCAUGUACUAGUUAUGUUCUAGACGUUUACCGUUUUGUGUAAGAACUUUGUAAAGUAUUUCACCAAUCUGACUAAAGUACAUCUCCUAUUAAGCUACGCAUAUGAUCUGAGAACGACCUAUUGAUAGCCUCGUUCUGACGACCCUUUCGCUAGCCAUCAGAGCUUAACUUAAAACAUUUCGCAAACCUUCAUUUAGCCUUGGUGUUUGAAAUUUACAAAUCUUAUUUCAUAAUAUGACAGAUAGCCGGUUAGCUCAGUCGGUAGGCCACUUGCUCUGUAAGCGAGGGUCCCGGGUUCGAGCCCUGGAAUGACUACACAUUUUUCUUACUCUUUGACAUUCGAACAAGUCGUCUGAUUGGUUCAAAUAAAAAUAAAUUUGCAAAAAUAAAAAUAGCAAUACUGGAAAUCCAAAAUAUACAGAAGACGUAUGUGAAUGGGUCGUUCUCAGAUCUUCGUUUAGAAGAUCAAGUACUUUAGUCAGAUUGAGUAUUUCACCAGCAUUCAUUUUUGCAUGACUGACAUUGUGUAUUUCUGCUUGUUUAGUUUAGAGGGGUACCAUUCAUUUCAGUUUCACUAGGUAUGUAUAUGUACUUUAAAAAGGUUACGAGGAUACCCUGUACUACAGUUUCAUUUGAUAUGUUUCACUUUCUUUGUAUAUUAUGUUCAUUGAGUAUGUCUAUUUCUAUCACACCGAAUCAAGGUGUACUCUACUCUCAUUCUAGGUAGGCCUGAUCAUCAUCUGAUUAAGCAUGCAGUUAAUUUUUUUCAUGUACAUUUACUACAUUAAUAUACAGAAAAUAUCAGUGUUUUCUAAGCUCGGGUAGUGUUCAGUUGUAUGAAUCGAUUUUUUUGGGGGGUAAGAUAUAGGCUUCUUCGUCAUAGCAUCAUAUUAUUAGUGUUUGGACGUUCUAAAAUUCAAGUGGUUGGAUGUUUAAUACAUCUGCAACCUCUAAAACAGCCAUAAUGAUUUAAAACUUGGAAAGUAAUGCGCUAACAUCUCCAAAACUGUCAAGCAGAGCAGGUUCAUGCUAUUCGCACACCUCUUCGUUUCAUAAUGUCAAACUGCGUAUAAGCAACAAAUUUUCAUGCAAACAUUACCAUGCAAUGAACUAUAUAUCGUGCAUAUUAAUGUUUAAACUUAAAACAAAUCAAAUACAGACACCAAUUUAGAUUUUGUAUAAUAUACAUUGAUGGUGUAAACUUGAAAAUUCAUUGUAUUGUAGGAAAUAAGAAAAACUUACCUCACCCUCUUGAAAAUUCAUUCAUUGUAUAGUACGAAAUAAGAAAAACUUAAAUCGCGUUAUUGAUGGUGUAAUCUUGAAAAUUCAUUGUAUUGUAGGA